CACUUGGUAAACGCAUGCGUUAACAUUUACCAGCUCUCCCUAAGUGCAUCUUCCUCCCUGUGAUUCUACAGUAAACAAUUAACGGUUAUCCUCAGUUAUUUGGAUGGUUUUAUGUGGAGCUGGCUGUCCUUUCCUGUCCGCUGACUCUCAGGUUUAAAUGUGAUACCGUCAAGGCGAGAUGAGGGCUUCCGGUGAAGAAGAAUGGCGUCCGAUAACCUUAUGCACUUGCUGUGCUUACUUCUGAUUAGCUACUGUACAUACUGGGUACAGAGUGUUACAGUAUACAAAGAUUGUGGGGGACGAUUUUCAGAAACAAAGGGUGUCAUCCAUUCUCCUAAUUUCCCAAAAGAAUUUCCUACUCCUAUACGAUGUGAGUGGGUAAUAUACAAUCCUCAGACAAGAAAUACAGCUAUCUACCUAACUCAGUUCUACCUCAAGGGCUUUGUCAGUGUUUGGCAAUUUGAGCAUUACUCGAACCAUAGAGAGUACAUUGAGCCUAGGCAACUUGCAACACUGAAUGCCAACAGUGAAAUCAACCGUAUUGUGUCCAAUAAGCCAUACACUGUGAUUCGAUUUGCUGUCUCGGAGAUAAACGAUAUCAAUGUCCGUGUGUUGGACCACAUAGUAGACGUGUAUGGAUUUAACAUAACGUAUGAGUUCCUGGAUCCAUCCUCCGCCAAUCUUAAGCGCACCUGCUCAGUCCAGGGAUGUUCCUAUCUCGGCAACUGUUAUGCCAAUGCCGACUUUUCGGCGUAUAAGUGCCAUUGUUUCGAUGGAUACCAGGGCAGUAUCUGUCAGUAUGGGGAGCAUUGUGACCCCGCAAAGGGGAUAAACCAGUGUAAAAAUGGAGGAGAGUGUCGGUACUUUUAUGGGACAAAUGUGAACAUCUGUAAUUGUACCAAAGGCUUUACUGGGAACAUGUGUGAGGUUCCUUUGUCGGACUAUCUACCAGACGCCUGUGCCUACCUAGGUUGUGGGCAGACAUGUAUUUCUGACUUACACGGUAAUAAACAGUGUGCAUGCUACAAGGACUACAGGUUGAACGCCGACAAAAGAACCUGCUCACAUAUAGAUCGCAAUCGAAUCAUUGUUACCAUGCAACCAACAGAGAGCUACCUCAAGACAAUUUCUCAAACCGGAAAUAACCUUACUUUCAGCGAUUCACAAAUAACCAAAGUUCGCCAGGAUGUUGAACUCAGUUUAAAGAACAUUGACAUCCAAACAAUGACGCAAUUUAGCUUCAUUGGAAUAAAUCAACCAACAUCCAAAAUAUGUGAAUUUCGCUUCAUCAUCGAGGCUUCUGACGAGCACAAGAUAAAGGAAUUCAAGAGAACUCUUUUGAGAAGAGGCUAUGUUGGUGAAAUUCCAUUCCAUAACACAUCAUUGUCAAUCAAAAGCAUUCCAGUGCUCCAUCUGAUAGAGGUCGUGACGACAGAGGAGUCCCACGAUUCCUUCUGGGGUGACGAUUACAUCAGCUACACCAUUGAAGGCAAGUUCCUGACCAUUUCCUGUCUCGUGCGGGGCUCGGAGAACACUUCUUUCCGAUGGUUUAAGGACGGAAUGCUGAUUGACAUGAAUCUGGCCGCCAGACAGGGAUACCAGACUGUCAUUAACUCAAAACUGGACGGGACCAUCCGAUCUAUACUGUACUAUGGAAGCGUCAAAGCAUCAGACAGAGGUGAAUAUACCUGUGAGGCAAGGGACUAUGGGAUUGCUCAGAAUAAAUCAGACCUGGUGGAUGUGAUCACGACGCCGAUGGUGGAUAUUGAUCCAAUGUCGGAUUAUGUUCCGUUCAACCGAUCCAUCCGGAUCCGAUGUCUAUCCUUUGACCAGGAUGCCCUCCAGUAUAAUUGGUAUGUUAACAACGUGCUAAUCAAAAGAGGGCGCUCUGACAUGAUUCCGGAAACAUUACAGCCGGCCGGUUCUCAGCUUUACGUACGCAGCCUCCAGAAACGUGCCAUAUUUACCUGUAAGGUCACUAACGCUGCCGGUGCUCAGAACGUCACUGCUGAUAUAUAUGUACAGACAGCCUCCCAGGCGAACGACACUUGUCCCCAGCAGUGGUAUAAAAGUAUCUUGUGGGCGGAAAUGGCAGGGGGUCAUUACAGGAAAGAAAGAUGUCCGGCGGAAGCUGGAGAUUUUGAAAAUUAUAUUCCAAUAGACACGGGAUUUGUGACGAGAAAAUGUGUUUGUAAAAACGAAGGAAACAGACGUGUCUGUUCCUGGAAGGAACCCAACUUUUCCAUGUGCCAGUCAGUUAGUCUUGUUCGAAUUUACGACGAGAUGGAGAUUAUCCGACUUGGAUACCGCUCGUCUUCUCUAAAGUACGUGUUCGAUCAUCUCUACCGCUAUGCCUCAAAUCAUCAGAAUAGAAUGUACUCCGGGGAUGUAGAAAUCGCCGCCAAUGUCUUACUGAAACUCCUCCAGCACCUGGCUAGGUUCCCAUCUCUCUCAGAAGGUGGAUCUAAAAUUUCCUUCGUGAAUAUCGUUUACUUACUGGACCAGUUGCUGACAGCUAUUUCAAAUUCAACUAAGGAAGAAAAAGAGGCUGUGAGUUUUGGGAGCAAUAUGGUUGGCAUCUUGGACUCCUUGAUAUCUAAUAUGUCUGGAUAUCUGGAAUUUUCUCCCCACACGGAUGUUCUCUCAGACAAUAUUGAUGUUAGUAUUCGAAGCAGCUCGGUCAGUCUUGUAACAUUAUACAGGCGAAAUCAAGAGGGGGAACUAACAGUAGAAAACAAAGAAUACCCAGUUAUAUCUAUUGUACUGCGAAGCUUGACUGAAAUGUUUCCAGAAAAUAUUGAAAGGAAACUGAACCAGAGGUCUGUGACGGAUAUGUAUGAUGUCAGUCUGUUUCCAAGGGAUAGCUUCUCAGCAGAGCGCGUUAUUGGAGAGAUCAAAAUACCACUUCUGGCCUUUGUUUUUGCAGAGGAUUAUUCGGAAUUUAUAUGUCUCUCUCUGGAAAAGAAUUCAAGAUAUACAAAGCACGAAUGGAAAGAGGGAAACUGCGAGUUUGUGUCAAGUGAUGAAACCUACAUCACGUGCCAAUGUGCACUUCCUGUUAAACUACAGGUGGUGGGCAUCAAACAAAACGAAACGGUUAUAAUUCCUUCCACGGAAGAAAACAACGAUCUCCUACUGAUGGGCUGCAUUGUUGCUAUGUCUGGCCUAGCCGCCAUAUUCAUCGUCUUUCUUCUUUGUUGGAGAAAAUUAUCUGGGGAGGUGUACAUUAUACAACUGAACUUUGUCUUCGUGUUAAGUUGUGUGAAUGGUGUGUUUAUCCUUUGUCUCUACCAGUCCCAUUCCGAGAUUAUAUGCAGAGUGGGGAGAAUUUUGGCCUUUUUCCUGUACUCAGCAGCCUUUUCCUUCCUUCUGGUUGAGAGUUUUCAUCACUUUUACACCAUUUACAAAAAAGGCCAAGUUGGAAAAAAUCGUUUUAAGUACUUGGCUGUUGGAUGGGGGUUUCCAUUGGUGAUUGCAAUAUUUUAUACUGUUGCAUCGGAAAUGUUUGGUUUUCCAAUCAAAGGUUCAUUCAAAUGCUGGUUACAGAAAAGUCAUUGGUCAUUUUAUUUAUUUGCCAUUCCAGUCGCCAGCAUAUCAUGUGUGAUAUUUGUAUUUAGUGCAUUAGUCCUUCAUUCCAAAACCGCAAAAACUGAUGAGACAGCCCAGGGACAGAAAAAGAAAAUGUUCUGUAACUGCACUAAAACCAUUGUUUUGCUGUUCGCGGUUGUCGUUGAUGCUUUCCUUUCCAUGGAUAUACCGUCUCAUCAAGAUUCAAUGCAGCUCAUCUUUUUACUUAUCUGCAAAACUGCGAUGGUGAUAUCAGUCUUCCUGGUCAGAGUUGUGUUUGACAAACAGGUGUCAAAAGUAUGGAAGUGUUUUUCCCAGAAGACUAACAAAUCUACCGAAAGUUCAGAUGAAGCUGAACAGAUGUGCAAAGGUUUCUGCAAUUGUUUCAAUCACCCCACGCGGGAACAGGAGAAAGCGAACAAAUAUUAUGCUGAAGUGAACAGAGCAAAAUACACUGCCGAACGAAAGCGGCAAUUAUCUUCCCUCCUUGGAAGUUCUGCCGCUCACGAACUUCCGCUCAAUAGUCCAGACACAAGCAGUUCUACAGGAUCGAACAAAGAAGCGAAAGACGUAGCAAAAGAUAGAUCUAGUCAAAAUACAGGUCGGCAUCUGUAUAUUCAUUCAAACGGCAGCAAAGGUGUCACGUUUGUCUCGGAAAAACAACCGCCAUUAAUUCAAAAUGGCGGAAUUGUAAGUGGACAAGGGAGUGACAGACAAGGUGUCAAUUUAACAAACACUCAGGCCCGGAAGAAUGGCUAUAAAAGAGUGUCCGUUCAGAAUACCCAGAUUGAAGCUGAGGAAGAAUUAACUGCUUUAAUACAUUCCAGUGCAGAAGGAAAUAUUCAGCGAAAACAAUUACUAUAACUUCAUUCCAUCCAUAUGUACAGAAAUCUGUUUUUAUUUAUUUUGUAUGUCUCAUUGAAUCCCGAUGUUUGAUAAACAGUUCGAGGUCUUUCAAUUUGAGAAGCUGUAUUUCUUGUUAAAUCAAAUUUUUAUGCAAAAUCUAGUAUAAAUAUGAAGUGCUUUAUAAAAGAUGUGUACAAUUCCUAUUUAUUGUUUUUGAUAUAUACAUAUUUUCCUCUUUUUUUUAAAAUGUUUACUAUAUUUUUGUCCCCUUAUUUUAUUGUCUGUUCGUCUCUGUACAUAUAAUCUUUACAUCUCAGUAUUUAUUUUCUAAAAUACAUGUUAUAGAAAUCCAAUUAAAUAUGUGCAAUCUUCUGGACGUAGUCAAUGUUUUGUUUGAAUUAAGAUGAGAGACCAAAGUAUAUCGGGAAGUUUCUAUCUUUACAAAAAAAAAACCCACAAUUUAUUAACCUCUGGAUAAAGAAAUCCCAAAGAUAAGUUUAUGAAUGAAUUUUGUUCUUCGCUAAAUUGGGCAAUUUUAGAAUUUGUUAAUGAAAAUAUACACGUAAAGCUAAAUAAAUACUGUUCAUAGAUUUAAAACUUUCAAAAUUUGUGUCUCAAA